UCCCUCUUAUGGAAUGCUUGCCGCUAAUUGCCGUAUGGCCCAACAGGCGACCUUCUGUUUCGCAGCUCAAUGACUCGCAAAAUUUCCUAUACAUGAAGCGGUUGGUGGGUUGAUGAACUAUGGACAUUCAAACGUUACCUUCGACUCGUGGACUGCGCUGGAAAAUACAGCGGAAACGCUUCAAUGAUGCCAGCGUCUAGAGCCGCCACUUGUUCGCCAGCGCCGAACGACUACAGUUGUAAGAUCUGCGUUGACGUUAACUAGAAGGUUUGCAUCCGGCAAGUUUUGUUCACAUCGUCGAUUCUCACGGUCCAUAUCAGCAAUAUUUACAAGGCCACUCAUUUAUGGACUCCUUGCAGCUACCAUCGCCAUCCUCGAAGCACUGGCAGUAUGGAUCAGCUUCUUCACGUCCAUCGUCCUCCCCGUGAGAUACCCGAACCUGACAUAUCCGUUCUACCUUCAUUUGUUCUCAUUGCCCCACCACCCUAUACAAGUCCGCGUACCAAGGAAACAGCGCCAUCCCUUUGCGAAUCGUGGCGUACUGCACUCGCCGACUUGCCUCCCGCUGUUGCGGCACAAUUCACAAUCAAGGAGGCUAGAUUCAAUGCAGCAACCCUGGCAAAGGAGUUUGGGACGUUCGAUUGUCUCGUAUCUCCUGCAAAUGCAUUUGGAAUUAUGGACGGCGGGUAUGACUUGGCGCUCUCGCGCGCGUUCAUUGUGGACGAUGACAUCUGGGCACUAACGAACGCCGUACAAGAUGUGCUCCAUAAGCGAUAUAGAGGGUAUCUCCCUCCCGGAUCGUGUACGAUGGUCCCGCUCUCCCCUGCCCUCACCACAUCAAACCCGCUGGGUUGCACCACUCUCGCGGUCGUGCCGACUAUGCGCACUCCCGAGAGCGUCUCCUGGCACCGCGAUCUCGUCUAUGAGAGCAUGUGGAACCUGCUCGCUGCGCUUUGGCGCUGGAACGAAGGCGAACGGCCUGAUGCCGCGCCACAGGUGCAGAAGGUGCUAUUGACUGGGCUUGGGACUGGUCAUGGCCGGAUAGGAUUCGAUAAAUGUGCGAAACAGAUGUUCCUUGCAGCUUUGAACUUUGCUCGUGGUUGGGGCGAGCAUCCUAGGUGGGAAGAUGUGUUGACGAGGGCUAAAGAGAUGGAUAGCACAAGAGAUCUUUAGGGCCAAAUCAUGUUGUAUCACAAAUCACAGAGAGUCAUCUAAGGAGUCAUCAAUCAUCUUUGAAUUGCUCAAUGAUACUGCUCCUAAAACUGGAAAGGCCCGGCGGUGCGCGAUAUGUAGUUAGCCGAGAAGGCGGCCAAUGAUAUUCAGAACAACCCGAACAUGUAUAUUACAAGUAAAUCACCAUCAGAACAGGAGGCCAGGAAGGAGUAAGGAGUAAAGAGUCUCGUAUGUCUGCAAAAAAUGUCAGUGAUCCGCCCCCCUGAACGCCUUCUUGCGUUGCCCGUCGAUGACCAUGCUGGCCCACUCAAUCGCAUCUCGAUGUAAGAACAAUUCUUCAUUGUGAGGGGCGGACAUCACUUGGGUGACGACCUGGGGCUUGACCGAUAGCUUCAAUAGAGCCUCUCGCAUCCCCUUUGCUGUAGAAAAUGCCAUAUGUCAUCAGUAAACCAGACCAUGGACACCAUGAGAUGAGGAAUGUGGCGCACUGUCGUGGAAGUAGAACAACUCUCCCAAAGCCUCGCGGUUGUUCGCAUACCAGUAGUCCUGAACAAAGGGCACCGGGUUCUGAGCCAUUUCGUCUUUCUCAGACGCAUACUUGGUGGCGACUACAGUAGCGAACUCCUCGGUCAGACCGCACACAGUCAAUACUGAGAACAUCCAGACUUUGAGUGCCGACGAAUGACACCAGAGGGAGACUCACGAUGGACGAUGUUAGACUGCAUGUUGCUUGUGAAGUAGGAACCUCAGUCUCAGAUGUUGUGGUGUAAGGGGUAUGUAGGUUGAAGAUACGCGUGAGGAAUCGGGAUGAAAAAAAGAGUACUAGUCUCGAUGAGACUUGACUUAAGCAUCUCAUGCAAUGUGACAGCGUAACCAAUGACCACGAACAAGGACAAAUAGGGAUAAAUGCGAGAACAAAAGGAUCGCCGAUCAUCGAUCAAGUGCCAGUGACACUCACUGGCAAGUUCUGAGCUUCUGAGCAUUUCAGU